UUAUAUAUGUGUCAUUUUUCGUUUCCGUUCUUUUCCUCUCAUUCAAACUACUAUUAACGCCUUGACUACUCGGUCGUCCGGUGCUCCGACAAACCUUAUCUUAAUCCGUUAAAAGGUCGUGAACAAAAAGAUGGAAUCCUCAGAUCCCCCAAAAGGUCAGGAGGGUUCUCCAAAGAGGUCUCCUCUGGAUUUGAUUAUGAAUCAAAUUCGAAAGAGGAGAUCCUUCACAGACCGCAAGAAGUCAUCUGUCAGCCGUCUCUUCCGAACAUCAGAGAGCAAUGAUAAGAUUGAUGGAGGCGUCUCAGAGAUGAAGGAAACAGUCAGUGCUGAGGGCAAGGAGGGAAGAGAGAACACUGAACCUGGAAAAGAAGGCAGCGACACUGCAGACUCCGAGAUUUGUUCAGUUGUAGGAUGGGGCAGAGUGAAGCAGUUUGUGGAGAAACUUGGCAAGACCCCGGACAGUCAAUACCUGAGCCUCUGUCACUGUGACCUUACAGCUACUGAUGUUACAGAGCUGGCGACACUACUCCCAUUCCUGUCUCAGCUGGAGGUCAUGGACCUUUCCUGGAAUGAAUUAGUUGGAGGAGCUCUGAAGGCUCUGGUCUUCCACCUGCAGCAUGUGGGAAGACUUCGGGAACUGAAACUCAGCAACUGUAGACUGACACCUCAAGACCUUGCAGCACUAGGGGAGGCCUUGGACUGUGUUCCUCAGCUGGAGGUACUAGAUCUGUCCUGGAAUCCCAAUGUGGGUAAAGGGAACCUGCGCUGUCUUACUGAACACCUUCACUCUGGAAACAAGCUGAGGGAGUUCCUCUUGGUUGACUGCCAACUCUCUGAAGCAGACGUGGUGGCGCUGAGUGAGGCUCUUAAUGGAAUGUCCUGCCUGGAAAUAUUGGAUAUCUCUAACACACGCCUUCUGCUGAAGGAAGUAGAGAAAUUGGGUUGUUCUCUGAGGGCUACUCCAAGAUUAAAGACCUUGAAACUCAGCAUGUGUGGGCUGCAGCCAGAGACUCUCAAAAUUCUGAGUGAGACACUGAAGUUUCUACCUGCUCUGCAGCAUUUGGAUUUGUCCUGUAAUAAGGAGGCUGGUGGGGGAUUUACCCCAGUUUUCUCUAGCCUUGCUCUGACUACACACCUACAAAGUUUGGACAUACAUUCAUGCUGCCUAAGAGUUAAUGAUAUAUCUGCACUGGUCCAGGUUCUUCCAUCUCUACGUGAGCUUACAGAACUAGAUGUAUCUUCAAAUAAAAACAUUGGGGAUGUGGUUAUGUCUCUGUUCCCCAUCCUUCCUCUUUCAAAUAUGAAGAGACUUCCACUGAAUAACUGUAAUCUGAGCUCAGAAACAUACCAGGCACUAGUCUCGGCGAUGCAGUCUCUCUCUCAGUUGGAGAGCCUGAAUGUAUCCUGGAAUAAGAGAAUAAGUGGAAAUCUGAAACAGCUCUUGGAACCCCUGCGGGCUAACAGCAUGCUACAGGAGCUGAGACUGAGCAGCUGUGACCUCACCACGGAGGAUCUUCUUCACCUGGCUUCCGCCGCAAAACGGGGAGCUCUGUCCCAGUUGAAACGGCUGGACCUUUCCUAUAAUGGAAGUGUGGGUGACGGCGGCUGGGUCUCUCUGUUUGGGGAGGCCGGGAGCUUGAAGGGACUGGAGGAACUGGAUGUUAGCCUGCGUCCUUCUACAUCCUCCCCUGUUUCAUCCUGGCUGCCUGCUUUGCUGGAAGCCCUACCCAAACUCACCUCCCUCAGACACGUGUCCUUGAAGAGAUGGGCUUUCAGCUCACGGGAAACGGAGAAACUAGAGAAAACCUUGCAAAAAAGGAACGUUGUCGCAGAGUACGACCUGGUGUCACCUGCUGUACAGCCGGCGGAUCUGAUACCGGCCUGACUAAACUAGUAAGAAGGCGAAACGUAUAGCUGCACAUUUCAAAAUAAAAGUUUACUUAGUGAUUGGUAGGUUGGUCAGACUAAGAUUCUGUCUUUAAUGUUACUGAGUAGAACUUAACUGUACCAUUUUUGCACAUGAAAUCAAAAAAACAAUUUACACUUUAUUCUUACG